UUCGUCAUCAUUCUGCGACAGGCUUGCCAGCACACAAAAACCACAACACAGACUCUCAAACAAAUUAAACGUUGCUGAUUGCAUGUGGUAUGCGAAAUAUCGAUGUUGACAAGUAGCAAUACCAGGCCCCCCUGCACCGUCUUCUCAUAGUGCUUUUUCGUGAGCGCGGUCGGGAUGGGCCAGCAGAUCUCAGGCCAGGCAGUGAUGACCAGUCUACCUGAGAAGCUGGUGAAACAUGCUGGGCUGGUACGCGACAGCGGUUACCUCAACUACGAGGAGUUCCUGGGCAGGGUGGCAGAGCUCAAUGACAUGACGGCUAAGCUGGCAGUUAGACAGCAAAAACACCUGAUCUUUGAAGUUCAGACUGGCUCGGACGCCUCUGCUCUGUGGAAAGUGGCUGUGAGGAUAGUUUGUACAAAGAUCAACAAAGAAAAUGGUAUGGUGGAGGCGUCUCGCAUCAUGAACCUGUACCAGUUCAUUCAGCUGUACCAUGACAUUACCAGCCAGGCAGCAGAGGUGCUGUCAGCAGAGGGCGCCAGCCUCCCGUCUGGAAACCUCCCAUCAGGGGACUCCUGUCAGGCCAGCAUGUGGAUGGGCAGGGUGAAGCAGUUGACUGAUGAGGAAGAGUGCUGUAUCUGCAUGGAUGGGAAAUCUGACCUCAUCCUGCCCUGUGCUCACAGCUUCUGUCAGAAGUGCAUUGACAAGUGGAGUGGGCAGAGCAGGAAUUGUCCGAUAUGCCGCUUGCAAGUGACAGCUGCUAAUGAGUCGUGGGUGAUGCCUGAUGCCCCUACAGAGGAGGACAUAGCUGGCUAUAUCCUCAACCUGGCUGACGAUGCAGGCCAUCCACACAGACCUUAAACUACUCAACACUAAGACACUUUCAUAAACUAGUGACAGACAAACUGACAUCGGGAAUAGUUUGGGGUUUUUCCUGACUUAGUGUAGGGCCUGUAGUUUUUUCCUGACUUAGUGUAGGGCCUGUAGUUUUUUCCUGACUUAGUGUAGGGCCUGUAGUUUUUUCCUGACUUUAGUGUAGGGCCUGUAGUUUUUUCCUGACUUAGUGUAGGGCCUGUAGUUUUUUCCUGACUUAGUGUAGGGCCCUGUAGUUUUUUCCUGACUUAGUGUAGGGCCUGUAGUUUUUUCCUGACUUAGUGUAGGGCCUGUAGUUUUUUCCUGACUUAGUGUAGGGCCUUGGCCUAGUUUUGGGGUAUGUAGAUAGGAUUUGGUUUGCUUUAUAGAAAUGUGCCUAUGUGAUCUUCACUUUUAGCAACAACCACUGGUUAUAUUUCUUUUAUGUUCUCUUUUUUAUUUUUCCAUGAGGUCGAAGGAGAAUGGCAAGAAUCUUGCAAGCUAAAAGGCGGGCCACAAACGGGUAAAUAACGACGCAGUACAACAAUGGUGUGCAGAACAGCAUCUCACAACUCGUUGGUCCUUGUCACAGAUGGGCUUUUACAGCAGACGACCACACCGGGUUCCACUCUUAUCAGCUAAAAACAAGAAGAAUUGGUUCCAGUGGGAAUGCCAUCACCAAUACUGGACAAUUGAGGAGUGGAAAAACACUGCCUGGUCCGACGAAUCCCGGUUCGUGUGGCGUCAUGCUGAGGAGUGGAAAAACACUGCCUGGUCCGACGAAUCCCGGUUCGUGUUGCGUCAUGCUGAGUAGUGGAAAACGCUGCCUAGUCCGACGAAUCCCGGUUCGUGUUGCGUCAUGCUGAGGAGUGGAAAAACACUGCCUGGUCCGACGAAUCCCGGUUCGUGUGGCGUCAUGCUGAUGGUAGAGUCAGGCUUUGGCGUAAGCAGCAUGAGUCUAUGGCCCCAUCCUGCCUUUUUUCAACAGUACAGGCUGGUGGUGUAAUGGUGUGGGGAAUGCUUUCCUGGCACACUUUAGGUCCCUUAAUAUCAAUUGAGCAAUGUUUCCACGCCCUUUAAAAUUCAGGCUGUUCUCGAGGCAAAUGAGGGUCCGACCUGGUACUAGAUGAGUGUACCUAAUAAAUUGGCCACUGAAUAUGUCCACAAGAAUAUAACAUGGAACCACAUUGUUUCCGUUCGGCUUGGUUAUACCUACUCUUAAAAUUACGCUUUGAAUCCUGAAUAAUACUAGAUGUUUUAGUAUAACUGUUAUAGGCAGCUCUGUAACUGCCGUUGAACUUUGCAUAAAUCACUGUAGUCACAUGAAUACUUUAAUUUUGAAAUCAACACACUCUGGGAAUGGUUUGUAAUUUCAUGAAAUGUGAAAAUAAGUGCAAUAAUCUCAUGGAAGCUUUAGCCAGGAUAAAGCUUUCUAUUUUCUCUUAAAUCAACAUGUUAGGGUGAGGUGAUUUCUAUCAACUAUUUUUAGCUUUUAGUCUAAAUUACUGUUUAACAUAAUUAAAACAAAACUUCUGCAUUAUUAUUUACAAUAAUUAUUUAUUAUAUCACAGAUACCCAGGCCAGUGCAUUGGAUGUUUUAAAUCAUUUACUUUUUAUUAAGUGUGAGAGACUGAGUGAAUGUUAAAAUAAUACAUAUAUAUUUUUAUUCCCAUUAGGUAACUAAAGAUUUAAGCUGUUUUGUAUAUGCACUUUACUCACGACUGACUGUUAGUUAAACAUGAUUUAACAUAUUUUUAUUUAAAAAAUUAGUCCACAGAACAUUUUUAACCAAAUCUGACAAAGUAUUUAGGGUUUGUAAUGUUGACCAAUUGCACUUUUGAACACUUUUGUAUUUCGCUGUGACAAUCGUAUUAUUGUUGUGCAUCUUUGAGUAAAGCAAAAUCCACUACACCAUAAUUGAUGUCCUUUAGAAGUGUAGUAGGGCUCUACACUUACAAGAUGAGUAACUUUGCCUGAGGACUUGUGUUAACAACCAGAGCUAACAACUAGGCUUUAGCUCAGUGGGCUAACGCGGUCUUCAGUUACAUCAAUAUCCUGUGUUCAACCUGGUUGGUUAAUUGAUCAACUGAACUGUCUCUUUGAACAUUCAUAACAAAAACCAACAACAGGCUAAUAAAGAGGGCAGUUAUGUCUUUUGGCUAUGG